UUGGUUCUUUUUUUCUUCUUCUUUUUUUUUUUUUUUUUUACACCCAUGCACGCGCUUACCCAGGUUUAAGAAGACUCAGGUGUGAACACAGGUGUGAGGAAACUUUAGCCACUUCCAGGUGCAGAAAAAAUAAUUUGGAUUUCUGACGUUUUUGUGAUUUGUUUUGUCUCUUUUGGGAGUUAUGGAGAAACUGGGAAUCUGAGCGACCCAAAAGUCCGCGGAACUGGACUAAAACUGGCCGCCGAUUGGUCCGCAUCUUCCCCAUCUUCCGCCCCGGUGUAGCUCCCGGUGCUUCGGUACAAUGUUCCACCACAGCAACACCAAGAAAUGUUUCACCAUAGAGUCUCUGGUGGGGAAGGAGGCGAGCAGACACGGCUCCGGCGGCGGCUCCGGGGACGAGCCCAUCCGGCCCACGGCGCUUCGGUUCCCGGAGUCCCUGCACCCCGCUGCCGUCUUCGGCUCGUGCUUCCAGGGCAGCGGCGGGCGGACUUUGUACUCCGCGGGGCCGGACAUGGUGAUCCAGGAGGCCGGGGCGCACGGGCUGCAGAUGCCGCCGCAGAGCUUCUUCAGCCCGCAGCACCGGGACGCGCUCAGCUUCUACCCCUGGGUGCUACGGAACCGGUACCUGCACGGACACCGAUUCCAAGGGGAGGACGGCAGCCCGGAGAACAUGCUGCUUCACGGUCCGUUCUCCAGGAAACCCAAAAGGAUCCGAACGGCCUUCUCGCCCUCUCAGCUGCUCCGUCUGGAGCGAGCCUUUGAGAAGAAUCACUACGUAGUCGGAGCCGAGAGGAAGCAGCUCGCCAGCGGGCUUUGUCUGACCGAAACGCAGGUGAAGGUAUGGUUUCAGAACCGCAGGACGAAGCACAAGCGUCAGAAGCUGGAGGAAGAGUCCCCCGAGGCCCAGCAGAAGAGGAAGGGCAGUCAGCACAUCAACCGCUGGAGAGCAGCGACGCAGCAGCCUGGGGGGGGGGGAGGACGUGGAUGUCCUCAGUGA